AUGCCGGGUUCUUCGAGAAUGCCUAUUAGCUUGCGCGAGAGCUUCGAUAGCGUAAAGAAGCGAUCUCGGACGAUCGAUCCUCGGCAAGUUUUCAAUGUCGAGAUACUCAAAAACAUUAUUUUCUUUUUCUUCGUACUGCGCAUAGUCCGCCGAACGUUUUGGAAGUUGAAGGGCCGUGGUAUCUUUGGUACUAUAGCGGAAUUAUACCACGAUGUACGACGUGUAUUAUACGGUUAUUUCCUACGCGCUCCGGGAGUUCGGACCCAAGUACGGAAACAGAUUACAGAAUCGUUAGCAAAGAUACAGGCAAAGAUGAUACCUGCCGACAGCACGCGAUACACAACAUUACCAAAGGAGGGCUGGACAGAUGACGCCCUACGAGCAGAGCUCGACACGUUGGCAAAUAUGGAACAUACCAGAUGGGAAGACGGUUACGUAUCGGGUGCCGUAUACCAUGGUGAAGAAGAUUUGUUAAAGUUACAGACGGAGGCCUAUGGAAAGUUUACAGUUUCGAAUCCGAUACAUCCGGAUGUUUUCCCCGGAGUACGAAAGAUGGAAGCCGAGGUUGUCGCAAUGGUCCUCUCCAUGUUCCAUGCCCCACCUAGCGCCGCCGGAGUAUGCACCAGUGGUGGUACCGAGAGUAUAUUGAUGGCAUGCUACGGUGCGCGGCAGAAGGCAUAUGCGGAGCGUGGUGUAACGGAACCCGAGAUGAUCCUCCCGGAGACAGCACAUACGGCCUUCCGGAAAGCUGGCGACUACUUCAAAAUCAAGAUUCACUUUGUACCUUGCCCUGCUCCCACAUACCAAGUCGAUGUUCACCGUGUAUCUCGCCUUAUCAAUUCUAACACUAUCAUCCUUGUCGGUUCUGCUCCCAACUUCCCUCAUGGCAUCAUGGACGAUAUCCCGGCUCUAUCCAAAUUAGCCCUGAAGCGCCACUUACCGCUACACGUAGACUGCUGUCUGGGUUCGUUCCUGGUCCCUUUCCUCGACAAGGCCGGUUUUGAGACGGAACUUUUCGACUUCCGCCUCAAGGGUGUCACCUCUAUCUCCUGCGAUACGCACAAGUACGGCUUCGCGCCCAAGGGCAGCUCCACUGUUCUCUACCGCACCCAAGAGUUGCGCACGUACCAAUACUUCGUCUCCCCCGACUGGUCCGGCGGCGUAUACGCUUCCCCCGGAAUCGCGGGUUCCCGCCCCGGUGCCCUCAUCGCCGGAUGCUGGACUAGCAUGAUGCGGGUCGGUGAGGCCGGAUACAUCGACUCGUGCGUCAAGAUCGUCGGCUGUGCCAAGAAGAUCGCCGAACACGUAGCGUCGUCCCCCACCCUCAGCGUGGAGCUCGAGGUGCUCGGCCGCCCUCUCGUCUCCGUCGUCGCUUUCUCCGCUCGUAACCUCAAUAUCUACGACAUCGCAGACGGUAUGAACACCAAGGGCUGGCAUCUCAAUGCCCUGCAGAACCCGCCCGCCAUGCACGUCGCCGUCACUAUGCCUAUCGUCAAGGUUUGGGAGCGCCUCGUCGCCGAUCUCGAGGCCGUUAUCGAGGAGGAGCGCGAGAAGGAGCGCGUCCGUGCUGUUGAGGGUAAGGCCCUGAAGGGCAAGGCUACGGGCGAUACUGCGGCCCUCUACGGAGUCGCGGGCAGUUUGCCGAAUAAAGCCGUUGUUGUGGAUUUGGCGACGGGCUUCAUAGAUUUGAUGUACAAGGCGUAA